AGAAUUUUCGAGAAAAAUGGAUGUUAAUGAAGAACUCCCGACUUGCCCUGUGUGCCAGGAAGAAUUUGAUGAUCAAAAGGCUCCAUUCAUCAUAUCUUGUGGCCAUUCUCUAUGCGAAACUUGCAUUGUGCACUUGAAAAGCGAUUAUUCUGACGCAUAUGGAUCUGGUGGCCAGACACAAUGCCCGACAUGCCGCGCCGUGGUUAGCAAGGAGAAGCGAACAAAAAACUUUGCAUUGACAAAUGCUGUGACCAUGAUCCAAAAGCUUCGUGAGAAGCCAAAGAAGCCUGCAAAUGCAGUGGACUGCACUCAAUGCACCAAAUACGACAACGAAUCGGACAUGUUCGUCUGCCGCAAUUGCGUCACUGAUGCCUUCAAAUACGACGUCGUGGAGAAUUUGGGUGCCGAGGUGGAUUUGGAUAUCAAAUCGUUGGCGCUUUGUGGAAGUUGUGCACUGCGAUCUCAUGUCACACAGGGCCACGAGACUGUGGCUUAUUUCCCGGUUGCGUCCGGAAUGAACUUCGCAAGCCAGCUUACAAGUAUUUCUCUUCUGAGAAUUGAGCUCGAAUCGUCGUUUGGGCUCACCAAUGCGUGGUAUGCUCGGUUUGCAUCGACAUAUAAGACAUUCCACACGGAGCUCGACAAGAUGACGGAUAUGAUGAGAAAAAGCAAGUCUAGUGAUGUCCAAGAGGAGUUUUCCAAGAGAAUUGAUCAGGAAAUCAAAAGAAUGUCAGAUUAUGUACAGUCUGUGUGCUUGGAAAUUGCCAAUAAGGACAAGGAAUAUCAAAAAUCAUUCACUGCUCUCGUGGCCAUCAACAAAAAGGACGAGGAGACGAAAUGCCAAGAGCCCGUCGAGAAAAUUUUUGAGCUCACGUGCAGCGAGUGUAUGACCAAGCAGACCGUCGAAAGAUUCCGCUGCUGCAAAACAUGCAUUGAAGUCGUCGGAAAACUCGUUGACAAUCUUCUCGAAACAACUGAAAUCGACGCAGUUGACCUUGAAACUCUGCCGAUUUGCACGAAUUGUAUCGUCGAUCAUCAUCAUUCUGACGGCGAGCACAAGACUGUCAGAUAUUCUCAAGUUCAGGAAGCCUACACCUCGCUCAAGGUUUUCUCGAAAGUUGAAAAGCAUAAAGAUGAGAUUAAUAUCAAAUUUUCGGCUCUUCUUGACACCUUCAAACAUUAUAUCACACAGUUGGAAGGAUAUGAUGACAAAAUCACCAAGAUGUCGAAAAUCGCAAUGGAAAGUCGUGGACAUCCGGAACAAGCGGAGGUUGUCAAGGGAUUUCAGAACGAGUUGGAGAAGGCGGACCACGCAAUUUCUUCUCUCCAAUCGAAUGCUGAUAUGAGCCAGACUGUCGUCAGAAUGCAGCAGAAACGCCUCGACGCAGUGGAGAAUGAGUUUGGAACUACUAGCGACGCAUAAUUAUCCGACUGAGAAAUGCUCAAGUUUUAAAGCUAUGAAUUUUAUAUUUAAAUGAGUUUUCGAAUUUUUCGGUCUGUAUAACAACUUGAAUAAAUUAAAAAGUUG